UGGAGAUUGAGUAAUGUCGACUGCCUAAUAAGAAACUAGCGCUUCGUUAGUCUGUUAGGUGUUUUAAUAGUGUUUUAGCUGCGAAGUUUGGUUUUUCGGAUGCUAUAAUGAAGUUUUGUAACUAAUAAACAAAAUUAUUUAGAAUGCAUGGUUUCUUAAAAAUAGCAUCCAAGCAUCAAUAAGUUGAUCCAGUUUGUACGUAACAUCAGGCAAUUAUGUUGACGCAUCCGAAUACAUAUGUUUCUCAUUAAAUGGAUAACCCACUUCGUCCAUUAUGCUUACACUUUUAGUUAAAUAUGUGCAGUUUAAAAGCAAACAAAUUAUAUCAAUUAACAUUUAUAUAUAUAUUUAUAGUUACAGCAAAUGAAUACUUAAUAUGAGUAUGUCCACUUACACUCCCUAUGCAUACAGUCGUCUAUUUUCUGUGAUACAUUUAUAAUCCUUUCAAUUGAAUGCUAAAGCGCAAAGCUGUAAGGCGUUGUUCUGCACAGUAUUAUGUGACCGCUGAAGAUCAUGUGAAGAACGAAGUAAAACAUGAAAAGCUUUUAACUGAAACUUCUCGAUUAUCAUCUUCAUGGGCUGGUCUAAGUGUUUCAUGUAGUGAAUCUAGUGAUAGAGAUUGUUCGUCGUCUUCUACAUCUGUGAAUAGCAGCCCUAAUCAUCGCCCAAGUUCUUUUAGUGGACCUUUGGUAAUUUCUGUCACUUGUUCCUAUCCUAUCUGUCCCGGGAUUAACAGCUGUGGUCCUUCCGUUACCUCUGGUCCUAGCAAGGAAGUUCUUUCGAGUCCUCGUCUUUCUCGACCAUCCUCUUGCUAUCCAUCACCGGUCGCAUCUCCUGUUUCUUCACGCGUCCAGUGUUACUCUCCUUCUUUACCAACUUCAACUGUUUCUCCCAAUCCCCGUCGUUUUAGCAAUACCGGUGGUGCAAGCCCUUUGCUUGUUUCAGCUGCGCUUGGACGUAAACGAGGUUAUUUGUCUUGUGUUUCUGGGGGUGGGGGUUCUAGCGAUGAUGCUAGUCGUGAGGGAUCACCAGAAUCUUCAUGCUGUCAUAGAAAUAACAAAUCUACUUGUCAAAAUGAUGUCCGAAUACACAGCAGUGGAACAAACUCAUAUACUGAAUUCCCCUAUUUCCGUUGGCCACCGAUUUUACCUGUAGUAUCAAGUCCUUCGAGCCCAUCAUGCCAACUUUUUUCUGUAACUACAAACUCCAGUAGCCCACCUUCUAAUAUUAUGCGCCCAUCUUCUGUUUCUCAUUCUCCAGUACCGUCGGGCAUCGUUUCAUGUACGCGCUCUCCAAGCAACAAUCCCUCUAAUGCAUUAAGUACAACAGAGAUUACAAAUUCUAUGAUGGACCUAGAUGUUAAAAAGUGUUCCACUACAAAUCAGUCACAUGGAUAGUAAUUAUCUCUUCACAUCUUACUGUCUUAAAUUGUAAUAAGUACUCAGAAUAUCCCCUUCAUAGGUAUCAAACGUCUUAGUGUAUAUCUAAAUCAUCGCCUUCUUGAAACUUGUAUCUACCUCUAGGGCUUUUAUUUCUAUUUUUUUUGAAUUCUUCAUAAUUCACGACUUCUUGCUUUUCUUCUAAUUCAUUUUCACUAAAUAUUAUACUGAUACUUUGUAUAGUUCAGCUCGAAAUUUUUCUCUAUCCCGAUGGUCAAUCACUUUUAGUAUUUAUGUUUAUAUUAUGGCAUAUGGUAAAUUUUUAUAACCAGUGACUAACUAACGCUUAAAAAAUUUCUAUUUUUUCAAAACUUUUAGUUUUUUUUGUGACUAGUUUAUUAUUACUGAACGUUGAUAAAUAUCGGUUUGAUAGUUGAAUAUUUACCUUUUUUGAUACUACUCAUUAGAACGAUCAUAUUGAUUAAAAAUUUCACACAUUGUGUUUAUUUGAUUUAGCAUAGAUUAGUGGAGGAAGUAUUGCAUAAUGUAAAUGUAACUUAAACACAAAUUGUAGUGUUUUCAUUGAUGAACUUGGUGUAUUUCGUUGUAAUAUACGGUACACGCGCUUUCAAAUUAUCUCUUCAUAGUCCUCUCUUUCAAAAGCAG